GUUAGUUGAAAAGUAAAAAGGUUGUCCAACUAAUAGUCGGCGGUGUUCACAACAUAACAGUGGAGCUCUUUUUACUUGCUCUCAAUUGUUGUUGAUUUGGAGUUUACGUUGUGUUUUAGCCAUCUCUGCAGAAUAUGGAGGAAGAAAAAAUGAAAAUAUAUCACGAGAGGCAAAGAUUACAGUUUUGCCUCUUACAUUCCCUCAACAAUCUCUUCCAGGGGAAAAAUGCAUUUACAAGAUCUGAUUUAAAUUCCAUUGCUGAGAAACUUGAUGUGGAUGACCCUAACAGGGGACGCUGGAAUCCUGUAUCAAUUGUUUUUAGGCCUCAUCAUAAUGAAAUCACCGGGAACUAUGAUAUCAACGUAUUGAUUGUAGCGCUGGAACAGAAAGGCAAAACUGUUGUUUGGCAUGAUAAGCGAAAUGGGGCUUCUUCAAUUGAUCUUGAUGGAACUGAUGAUCGGUUGAUGGGAAUUGUUCUUAAUGUUCCUGUUAGAAAGUUUAGCGGCCUUUGGAGAAGCAGGCAUUGGGUUACGUUAAGAUGUAUUCAGGGGGUUUGGUAUAAUCUGGACAGUGAUUUUGCUGCUCCUUAUGCUUUUAAAGAUACCCAACAAGUUAGGGAGUUCUUGGAUGGUAUCAUUACUGCUGGUGCUGAAGUUUUACUGAUCAUGAAUGAUAAACAAUGAGUUGUAAAAUGUUCUCAACUGUGGCUGUAGUAGUUUGAUUUCCUUUUUGACUUAAGCUAUUUGAAGCACUGUGGAUGGUACAUGUUGCACUAUGAAGACUUUAGUUCACAAAUUUGCUAGUAAUACAUGCCCUGGGCACAUGCUGGAGGUUGUUAGUGCUGUGCUGAGUUUUCUUUUGGCCUCCUACCUUUCCUGUUUCUCAGCUGCAUGUCUGCUCUGAGAUGUCAAUAUGUAUUCUAUAUUUACUCUGUGGAGGUUUAGCAGCCUCAGCAGAUUAGUGGAUAGUUGCUGAUAAGAGACUGCAUCCUCAGAAUUUCUUCUUCUUUUUUUGAGACAGGAGCAUUGUAUGGAUUGUAUGUAUCACGUUGAAUUGUUGAUUUGUGUUGUCUCCUGAUUGUGGUAA